UCCAAGUUCCCCCUCCUAAGCUACAUUCGAGGCCGUGCUGCCUGCAACCUCCUGAUUAAACCCCUUUCAAUUGUGGGCCGUUCACUCUGUCCUCCUUAUCCUCUUAUCCUACCUAUCCUUAAACCCUUCCUUUUCCCGGGUUCUUCAACCGCCACUCGUUCUUCCCCCAUCCUCCGUCCCUCUCCGCGUUUCGGUUUUGCCCCUCCACCUCCCACAUCAUGGAUGGAAUCAAGAACGCGUUCGCUCGCGCCAAGCAGGAGAAGCGUGCUGCUUUGGUAGCUUACUUCACCGCCGGAUACCCUACCAUCGAAGAGACCGUUGAUAUCUUGUUGGGUCUGGAAAAUGGUGGUGCUGACAUCAUCGAGAUGGGCGUUCCCUUCACCGACCCGAUCGCAGAUGGUCCGACCAUCCAGAAGGCCAACACUCAGGCAUUGGCCAACGGGGUCACGAUUCCCUGGGUGUUGGACACCGUUCGCUCCGCCAGAAGUAAAGGCCUUCGCGCCCCCGUUCUGUUGAUGGGUUACUACAACCCCCUCAUGCAGUACGGUGAGGAGCGCAUGCUCCAGGACUGCAAGGCCGCCGGGGUCAACGGUUUCAUCAUGGUCGAUCUGCCCCCAGAGGAGGCCGUCCGCUUCCGUGACUUCUGCACUAGCUAUGGCUUGUCCUACGUCCCCCUCAUCGCUCCCGCCACCUCCGAGUCUCGUAUGAAGCUCCUCUGCAAGAUCGCCGAUUCCUUCAUCUACGUCGUUUCCCGCAUGGGUGUCACCGGUGCUACCGGAUCCCUCAGCACGAACUUGCCCGACCUUCUGUCUCGUGUCCACACUUGGUCCGGGAAUGUGCCCACCGCGCUCGGAUUCGGAGUCAGCACCCGCGAGCACUUCCUUUCCGUUCAGAACAUCUCGGAGGGUGUUGUGAUUGGAAGCCAGAUCAUCACCGUCUUGGGUGACGCCCCUGCCGGCCAGGCGGCUAAGCAUGCUCAAGAGUACCUGACCAGCGUCACUGGUCGCAGACUCGAGCGUGAUGCUCAGGGUCAGGUUUCCGGGUCGGUCCAUGUCUUGGAGCCUGUCUUGAAGGAGGAUCCUCCGGCGCUCUCGCAGCCGACCGAUGUCAUCACCAACGAUGACACCCCCGAUGGCCCCGGCCUGGUCGACCAGAUUGACGCCCUCAACGGCAGCGGCGACCCGUCCGCCAUCCCCUCUCGCUUCGGUGAGUUCGGCGGUCAGUAUGUUCCUGAGUCUCUGAUGGACUGCUUGGCCGAGUUGGAGCGCGGAUUCGAGAUCGCCCGCAACGACCCCAAGUUCUGGGAGGAGUUCCGGUCGUACUACCCUUACAUGGGCCGCCCCAGCAGCCUCCACCUGGCCAACCGCCUCACCGAGCACUGCGGAGGCGCCAACAUCUGGUUGAAGCGUGAGGACCUCAACCACACCGGUAGCCACAAGAUCAACAACGCCCUGGGCCAGAUUCUCCUUGCGCGCCGCCUGGGCAAGAGCAAGAUCAUCGCCGAGACCGGUGCCGGCCAGCACGGUGUGGCGACGGCGACGGUCUGCGCCAAGUUCGGCAUGCAGUGUGUGGUCUACAUGGGUGCCGAGGACGUGCGGCGCCAGGCGCUCAACGUGUUCCGGAUGCGACUGCUCGGCGCGUCCGUCGUGGCCGUCGACGCCGGCAGCCGCACCCUGCGUGACGCGGUCAACGAAGCCCUGCGCGCCUGGGUCGUCGACCUGGACACGACGCACUACAUCAUCGGCUCGGCCAUCGGCCCCCACCCCUUCCCGACGAUCGUGCGCACCUUCCAGUCGGUCAUCGGCGACGAGACCAAGCAGCAGAUGCAGGAGCUCAUCGGCAAGCUUCCCGACGCGGUCGUCGCCUGCGUCGGCGGCGGCAGCAACGCUGUGGGCAUGUUCUACCCCUUCUCCAACGACCCCUCGGUCAAGCUGCUGGGCGUCGAGGCCGGCGGCGACGGCGUCGACACGGACCGCCACUCGGCCACCCUCUCCGGCGGCAGCAAGGGCGUCUUCCACGGCGUCCGCACCUACGUCCUCCAGGACAAGCACGGCCAGAUCUCCGAGACCCACUCCAUCUCCGCCGGCCUCGACUACCCCGGCGUCGGCCCCGAGCUCAGCAACUGGAAGGACAGCGACCGCGCCAAGUUCGUCGCCGCCACCGACGCCGAGGCCCUGACCGGCUUCCGCGCCCUCGCCCAGCACGAGGGCAUCAUCCCCGCCCUCGAGUCCUCGCACGCCGUCUUCGGCGCCAUGGAGCUGGCCAAGACCAUGAAGAAGGGCGAGAACAUCGUCCUCAACCUCAGCGGCCGAGGCGACAAGGAUGUGCAGAGCGUGGCCGAUGAGUUGCCGCGGUUGGGCCCGAAGAUCGGCUGGGACUUGAGAUUUUAGAUGUUGGGGAGUGAAGAAAGAAAAGUUUAAGCUUCUCCGGGGAAAACACUGAAGGUCGGUGCGUUUUGUCAUGUUUUUUUUUUUUUUUGUGGUUGGUUUGAAGUAGAAUUCAGG